CGGCCCGCAUCUCCCGCUCCGCACCCCCAGCUCACAUUCACGGACAGAAAUGUCGGAGUACAGCGCGGUGCCUCCGCCCGGAGCCCCCGGGGCAGCAGCAGCUCUGGGAGCCGGUGGGAUCAAGAAGGACGCCUUCGCGGACGCGGUGCAGCGAGCCCGGCAGAUCGCAGCCAAGAUUGGUGGAGAUGUUGCAGCCCCCCCAAUGAGCAAUAACGGUGGCGCUGAGAGCUACCCAUUCGCAGCACAGAAACGGUCCCUGGAGGACGGAGAUCAGCCAGACAGUAAGAGGAUGGCUUCUCAGAGCGACAGGGACAACGCUACAGCGCUGUCUAUUGGGGCUCAGCUGGCCGCCUUGUCUCAGCAGAGUGUACGUCCCUCCUCGGUAACGGAGGACUACAGAGUGCCUGAUGGCAUGGUGGGCCUCAUCAUUGGUCGAGGAGGAGAGCAGAUUAAUAAGAUCCAGCAGGAGUCUGGCUGUAAAGUUCAGAUCGCUCCAGACAGUGGAGGUUUACCUGAGAGAAGUGUGUCUAUAACUGGGAGUCCUGAAGCCAUUCAGAAGGCGAAGAUGCUCCUAGAUGACAUUGUUUCGCGGGGCCGAGGCACUCCACCCACCGCUUUCCAUGAGACCAACGGGAGCGGCCACAUGCAGGAGAUGAUUAUUCCGGCGGGAAAAGCUGGCCUGGUCAUCGGCAAAGGAGGAGAAACCAUCAAACAACUUCAGGAGCGCGCUGGAGUGAAGAUGAUCUUGAUUCAGGAUGCGUCUCAGGGACCCAACAUGGACAAGCCCCUUCGCAUCAUUGGAGAACCGUACAAAGUACAGCAAGCUCGGGAGAUGGUGCAGGAGAUUUUGAGGGAGAGGGAUCACCCUGGAUUUGGAGACAGAAAUGACUAUGGCUCCCGGAUGGGAGGAGGAAUAGAGGUUCCCGUCCCACGUCACUCUGUGGGUGUCGUGAUCGGCCGAAACGGAGAAAUGAUCAAAAAGAUCCAGAACGACGCCGGAGUCCGGAUACAGUUCAAACCUGAUGACGGUAACGGACCUGAUAAGAUCGCUCACAUCAUGGGGCCUCCGGACUGCUGUGAACACGCGGCCAGCAUCAUCAACGACCUCCUACAGAGCAUCCGCGUUCGAGAGGAGGGCGGAGGGGGACCCCCUGGUCCUCCUGGCACAGGUAUGCCCCCAGGUGGGCGUGGCCGAGGGCGCGGUCCAGGUAACUGGGGUCCUCCUGGCGGUGAGAUGACCUUCUCUAUCCCAGCUCACAAAUGUGGCCUCGUGAUUGGUCGAGGAGGUGAGAAUGUGAAGGCGAUUAACCAGCAGACGGGCGCGUUCGUGGAGAUCUCGCGCCAACCUCCGCCCAACGGAGACCCCAACUUCAAACUGUUCACCAUCCGGGGGACGCCCCAACAGAUAGACCAUGCCAAGCAGCUCAUCGAGGACAAGAUCGAGGGUCCUUUGUGUCCUGUAGGUCCUGGUCCUGGUGGUCCUGGUCCAGCUGGUCCAAUGGGCCCCUACAACCCAAAUCCAUAUCAGCCUGGACCCCCAGGAGCCCCACCACAUGGUGGUCCUCCAGGUGCUCAUCAGUACCCUCCUCAGGGUUGGGGAAACACCUACCAGCAGUGGCAGCCGCCCGCGCCCCAUGACCCCAGUAAGGCAGCAGCAGACCACAGUGCAGCCUGGGCAGCCUACUACGCGCAGUACUACCAGCAGCCUGCAGGAGGCGCCAUGCCCGGUCAGGCGCCCAGCGGACAGCCCGCUGCUCCGGCCCCCGCAGACCAGAGCCAAGCAGCCCAGAGCACAGGACAGCCCGACUACACCAAAGCCUGGGAAGAGUACUACAAGAAAAUGGCUCAGCAGGGUGGUGGCGCUGCUCCAGCAGCAGGGGCUGCUCCGGCGGCGGCAGGAGCUGCAGCAGGACAGACUGAUUACAGCGCCGCCUGGGCGGAGUAUUAUAGACAACACGCUGCUUAUUACGGCCAAACCGCACAGACAGCAGGCCAGCCUGCAGCUGCACCGCAGGGCCAGCAGGCGCAGUGAAGUGAACUUGGACAAACUCUCAGCUCACUGGUCCCCCCCACUCCUCCACCUCGAUGACUUCCACUUCUCCUGCCCUCCCCCCUUUAUUUUCCCCACGUUUUCCCUCAUCAAUUCUUUAUCUUCCUCUUCCAGGUGACAAUGAACAAAAAGAAGCC